AUGGCACAGGCGGAGGCCCAGGACGUUCGUCUGGAAGAGCGGCGCGCGGCCGAGGUGGCUGCUCAUAAGCGGUUCUUCUGGAAGCAAUCUGCUGCCGAGACGCUGGAGGCUCAGCAAGCGGCUCUGGAGGCACAGCAGGAAGCGGCGGCUAAUAUGGGAGUGGCGCUCUCUGGUGAUGACGGCUGGCGCGAGAGUGAGUCUGGAGAUGGAGAUGGCCCACAGGAUGGGCUUGCCCAUGAGCUGUAUGGUCGCCGUCGGCCUUCAGAUGGCUACCCUGGUGUUGGUGCUGCGGGCUCGGCUGGAGGCUACGGCAGCCGGAGUGGUGGUCCUCACGGCGGGCAGCAGCAUGUGGCACCCAACGCGGCAGAGAUGCGGGCGGCUAGGGCUCGGGCAAAACUUCGCGCUGAGAAGGAAGCUGCGGCCGAGGCCGAGGCCGAGGCCGAGCGUGUGCGUGCGGCCAAGGCCGAGAAGGUUGCACGGGCUGUCAAGGCGCAAGAGGCCGCCCGCAAGCGGAUGCGGCUGUCGCAAGUGCUGGACGAGGCCGAGGAAGCCGGGGCGCUAUCGUACGGCACCGCUGGCGAUGACUUGGAGCCGGGCGCCCAGGCCGAAGCUGAGCUGGCGGCACAGCGCUCGUCGCAGGCGCGGGUAGCAGCCAUUGCGCAGCGGGCAUCGCCGCCGCCAGGCCCGCGGCGGGCUAUCAGCUCGCCAGCCGCGCUGCAGCAGCUGCGCGUCCCGGUUCCCUUCCCGCACGAGCUGCUCGAGGGCACUGUGCUCUACAAGCACACCAAGGAUGGCAAGGGCAAGCUGCAUUCGCGGGUCUUUGUUCUCUCGCCCACCGAGCACCACACCAUCGAGAUUGCGUGGUACAAGGAGGACGCGCCCGAUCACUCGGCCGCCACCCUGCACCGGAUCUCGUUCGGCCUUGCGCCGCGGUUCUCAUGGGAAAAGGCCAAGGAGGUGACCCGGACCAAGCUCUCGGCGCUUCCGAUCGACUGGCGCAAGCUCUCGCUCGUCCUUCACACUUCGGUCGGCGAAGUCUACGUCGUUGCGCCACGGCUCGAGGUCUUCUCGGCCUGGGCCGCGCUCUCGCUCGUCCUUCACACUUCGGUCGGCGAAGUCUACGUCGUUGCGCCACGGCUCGAGGUCUUCUCGGCCUGGGCCGCGCUCUCGCGGCAAAACCCCGCGCUCGACGACAGUUGAGCGCUCUGCCACGCGCUCACGAGCGGAAGAAGACCG